AUGCCUCCAGCUUUUCGGGGAAGCAGCCACUCGCAUAGGCUUUCGAACUCAUACAGUUCACAACCGGUGUCAUCAACACAUUCGCCUCCUGAAUACGGUUCUUCACGGUUCAUGUCGGCCCCUGUCAGACCAAUCCGUUUAACGGCACCACCAUCGCAUUGGGCGCAAAAUCCUAGGGAACGUCACCAUGAUCACGAGCAACACAUUGGUGCAGAACCUGGAGUCAAUCCUCGAAGUGGCGAUUCUAUCGCCGAGUACAGUCACUUCAAACAAGAUUGCGUUAUAGAAGUAUAUGAUUAUGACUCUGAAGAUGUUUCAUUCCAGAGAUUCACCAACGCUGGACUGAUUAGCUUCUUGAAAAAGAGAGAGGUCGACGAGUCCCGCGAACAUGGCGAAAUCCCUCCACGCAUGGUUCGGUGGAUAAACAUUGGGGGCAUUGACUGGAGUGUAUUGAGUGCUAUCGCGCUCAGAUAUAAUCUCCACUCUCUCGCCUUGGAGGAUAUCUUGCACGAACGCGGUCAUACUCAUUCCAAAGCCGACUACUACCCCGGACAUUUGUUCCUCCGCGUCCUCUGUCACACACUCAGCUUACCACAUGCAACGGGAAAUACAGCAAAUGAAUUGCCACAAUACACUGAAGAAGGAAGUGCGAACGGUCUGGGAGAUUUGUCUCGUGAGGUCUCCGAUGAUCCUGACCAGAAAAAGUUUGAUGUCGAGGAAGGCGGAAUGGACAAUUCUCUCGAAUCGAGUACACUGUAUAUGCUUUCCGAUAAACCUAAUGAUGCCUUAGGAUUCUCAACGACGUCUGUACCCAAACAGCAAACUAUUAGAGCCAAAGGGAAGACGGCUGUCAACAACGUCUUGCCAUCUUCCUUGAGAAAAAGAUUCAGUGCUCUGAGCGGUAUUGCUGGUCCCUCAAGAGAGGAAAAACGAAGACAAAUCAGAGCGUUGACUGCAGGUGACCGCGUUUUUGUCAAUCAUGACCCAAUGUUCAUAUUUCUGUUGCACGAUGGAACUGUCAUUUCAAUACAUCCUACACUGAACCUACACUAUACCGCACCGAUUGCCGAACGACUGCACCGUGUCGAUUCAGUGUUACGGACAUCGGAAGAUGCCUCAUUGCUCGUAGAGAGCUUGCUUGAUCUCGUGGUGGACCGCGUUUUGGAGAUAGUAGAUGAAUAUCAAGUCAAGAUUGACAAACUGGAGCAUGACAUUCUGCUAAACCCUGUAAUGCGAAGCGUUCGGAGUCUUCACAUAUUAUCCGGGGAUCUCAUACUACACAAAAGAACGUUGGAGCCGAUCAGAACGAUGGUGUAUGGACUGCGGCGCUACGAUCUGGAAAGAUCUCGUGCACUAGCAGAUAACAUUGCCCUGGAAAUAGGGAGCUCUUCAGAUACUGAUUCCAUUGAAACUGAAGGUAAGGCAACUGGGAAACAGAAUGUCAAUAUAAAGAAGCACUCGAAGGCGACAUUGCAGGCCCACAAAAGAAAGAGAAGGUUGAAACAACUGUUUGAAGCCGAGUACUUCGCGAGGCAUGACGGUUCUAGGGAUUCGCAUCUGAACGAAGGGGAUAGCGCUACAAGUCUAGCAAGCGGCCUGAGUGGAUAUCCGACAAAGCAUCAGCAUUCUAUUGAUCAGGAGAAGAUCAAGCGAGCUAAAGAGGGAGGUACGAAUGUGCAUGGCUAUUUCAGCUAUAAAGCCAAAGUCUAUUUGGCGGAUGUCAGCGACCAUAUGGAUUUUGCCCUGACGAGCUUGGAUAUGUUUGCGGGGAUUUCAGAAAACCUGAUCAACUAUGCAUUCAAUGUCAGUUCAUGA